AUGUUUGGAAAAUUGGUUGAGCUUUCAAAUGCAAUAGGAGCAAAAAGAAUUGGUUGGAUUUUUAAUGAAGAAACAAAAAAGAAUUUUUAUGAAAUUAUGGAAAAUAUUGGAGCUAUAAAUAUGACAAAACAAGAGGAUUGGCAUAUUUAUCGAAGCAACAAAUCAGAAUUUUCUGAAUAUUUGACAACUACUGGAGAUAAUUAUAUGAAAUUAGAUGAGACACACAAACAACGAGCGAAUGAAUUGUUAAAGAAACAAAGAGCUCGAGAAAUGAAAAAACUUCAACAAGAAUGAAAGUAAAGGAAGUUUUCUAAGAGUAAAAAACAAAAGUGCGCGCAUGUUUUGAUUGGCAAUUUUUUAAAAAAUUUUUUGGCGCACCUCUUUGAUACUUUCUAUAUUUUAGUCAUUUU